ACAGUGAUGUGGAGUGAGAAAAAGAGCUACACUCUGCAAUGUAGUCUCACUGUAAAAUGCUAAAACAUGCCUUGUAAUAAGAUUAAAUCCUGGAAAAGUAUUAUUAUUAUGAUUAUUAUUAUUAUUAUUAUUAUUAUUAGAUUCUGCCAUUGUAAAUUGCAGGUUGUAGACAGGAUGAUCUGUAAUUUGCCCUUAAUUUGAACUAUACUGCAUCUCAUGUCUGUGCCUGAGCUGUAUUUUAUAAUCCUGACCCUGCAGAGUAAAAAUACAAAAAUAUUACUUUAACUUAAAUAUCUGAAAUUAAAUAGGCCUCUCUUGUAAAAGUAUAGGUGUUGCAAAAGCUUACAACAAAAGAUGCUGUCUGUCUGCUGAAUGACUGGCCAUAGUUAUUGAUUGGUGUAAUAAAAAAUAGAGCAGCUUUAUGUAACCAGUUUCCAUCUGCCUCAGCUGUUGGCUCUAAUUGAGAACACAUGCAAAACAAACAAUCACAGGUUGUGCAGCCUCUGGAAGCCUUGGUCUGUCACCAUGCACGUAUACCCACCUGCAGUAAGAAGUGUUAAAAGCUCAUGUGACAAAGAAACCUGGUUGCAAUGAGAGGAGGAGAGAGCUGAUGAGCUCAGUGGCAUCAAAACCACAAAUGUUAGAGAUUUUGAUUCACACUGGAGGGGGUCACCUGUGUUAGAAAUUUAUGUUUACUGCAGGCUGUUCUGGAUAAAAGUAUUUUGAUCUUUACUUCUCUCCAAAACUACGUCUAAACUAUGUGCAUUAUGUGCAGUUUGCCUUGUUUCAGUGCCACAAUCCAUUAAAAAAAUACUUAAACAAAAAGGUGACUGAAUGGCCAGCAUGCUCGUGAGGGUAAACUGUACUUAAGGAAUAAUAAAUAAAGAAAUAUUACUUGUAGCAAGUCUUUCUCACUAAGAAAAUGUAAGUAAUUUGUGAAAAAGAAAUUAGGAGAUGAAUAUAGCAUUUUCAGUAUUAUAUAAAAUCCAUCAAACAUAAAUACUUGGCAUCAUUUCAGCUAUAAAUGAAUGGAGCCCCAUGUUCCCAAUAGUGUGCGUGACAGGUUGCUAUUUCUAGUUGACCCAGCCGUGACAUCAUUAGUGGAGCAAAACAAAGAUGGUGCAGGAGGGAUUUAGGACCAUAUCCUGCACAUCUUGUCCCACAUGACUUCUGAUCACCUUCAGGACACUUUAAUUAUGAUGGGAUAAAAAAUGACCUACGGCAACAACCUUUUUGACAUCUGCACCGUGUUUCCAAAACUAAAUCAUUUUAUUCAGAGUAUUUACUGAAAAACGCCUCCUAGACUUAAUGGAUCUUUUCACUUGGACACAACUGACCCUUACAUGAUUCGAAAGUGGAGGUGGGGAGUUAUUUUGGCACUAGCAGAGCAUGUCUGGCUGACCGCGGCCUUUUGUAGCCUGUGGUGUUGCAUUUUAAUGGACCUCUCUUGCCACACACACAGACACCAAGUCAAUAGCUUUUCUAAUUUAGUUGCCCUUGUUGCUCUAUUACAUUAUGAUGCAAGGUUACUGUUGCUUUCAGAGAAAGCGACCCAUGUUCUCCGAAAUGCUGCAAGGUUCAUUAAAUCCUGUUCCAUGAUGUGCAAACUGGAGUUCCCACUUCACUGAUGAGGUCCAAAGCAGUCGCCAGAUAGGAGUGACCCGCCCUCGCCAAAGGCGCACAGAAGCACGGGCCCGCUCUCCCCCUUUCCCUGCAGGAUCUAGUCCUGCCGUCCACAUUUUCUGCUCAAGUUUGUCCCCGGGAUCAUUCGAAACUGUUUCUCCAACGCUUCUACCAAAAACUUAGACUGUUUUCCAAAGCAGAAUUGGCCCAGCCCUCCCAGGCGGAAGCAAUGGGGAGUGUGCGAAGCCACCGGUACAGCAUCGUGUCCUCUGAGGAAGACGGCAUGAAGCUGGCCACCAUUGCCGUCCCGAACGGCUACGGGAACGGCAACGUCAACAAGGUGCACACAGACCGCCAGCAUCAGAGCCGCUUCGUCAGGAAGGAUGGCCACUGCAACGUGCAGUUUAUCAAUAUGAGCGAGAAAGGCCAGCGGUACCUGGCAGAUAUCUUCACCACCUGCGUGGACGUCCGCUGGCGCUGGAUGCUGCUCAUAUUCUGCCUUUCGUUUAUGCUGUCAUGGUUGUUUUUUGGCUUCAUCUUCUGGGUGGUGGCUCUCUGUUAUGGGGACUUGGAGAAUAACACUCAGAGGUGUGUUUCCAAUGUGAACAGCUUCACCGCUGCCUUCUUGUUCUCAGUGGAGACCCAAACCACUAUUGGCUAUGGUUACCGCUAUGUGAAGGAGGAGUGCCCCAUUGCGGUCUUCAUGGUCGUCUUCCAAAGCAUUGUGGGCUGCAUCAUCGAUGCUUUCAUCAUCGGUGCGGUCAUGGCCAAGAUGGCCAAGCCCAAGAAGAGGAACGAGACCCUGGUGUUCAGCCAUUAUGCAACAAUGGCUAUGAGGGACGGUAAACUUUGCCUGAUGUGGCGCGUGGGGAACCUCAGGAAGAGUCACCUGGUGGAGGCCCACGUCAGGGCCCAGCUCCUUAAGUCCCGCACCACCGCCGAGGGAGAGUUCAUCCCUCUGGAUCAGGUAGACAUUGACGUGGGCUUCGAUAGUGGCAUCGACAGAAUCUUCCUGGUGUCUCCGAUCACCAUCGUGCACGAGAUCGACGAGGACAGCCCAUUCUACGAGAUGAGCAGACAGGAGCUGGAGACGUCAGAGUUUGAGAUCGUGGUGAUCCUGGAGGGCAUGGUGGAGGCCACAGCCAUGACGACUCAGUGUCGGAGCUCCUACGUGGCCAGCGAGAUCCUCUGGGGCUACCGCUUCGAGCCGGUGCUCUUCGAAGAAAAGAACUACUACAAAGUGGACUACUCCCGCUUUAACAACACGUACGAGGUGCCCAGCACGCCCAGCUGUAGCGCCAGGGAGCUAGCCGAGAAGAAGUCUGACGCCUCCAGCUCGAGGAACUCCUUUUGCUACGAGAACGAGGUGGCUCUCCAGAAAGUUGAGAUGGAGGAGGAGUUCGAGGAGGAGGAAAACAGGGAGAUGAGGGGCGUCGAGGUCGGCGCACUGGAGGACACAAUCACAGAUGUGGUGUCAGACUCUGAAUGCAACCUGGACUCUUUGCCUUUAGAAUCAAGGCCUUUGACAGCAGAAUCAGAAAUAUGACUAAAGAAGGGUUAAAAACUACCAAAGGGUACGUUAAAGCGAAUGAAUUUGGUCCUGACGGCAGUUCUUUAUAAUGCGUGGCAGUUUGUAAAAGACUGUGAUCUGAGUAUGAAGUUCUCUAUGCAGAAGCUUACGCACAAAGCACCAUGGGCAUCCAGACAUGUCGUAUUGUUUAUGGUGAAAGUGGUGAUAAAUGAGCUGGUUGCAUGGAGCUGGAGGCAUGAAAUGGGUCAGAUGCCUUCACUCACACACUGUGUGCAGUCUGCCCUUUAUAAAAUAUUUCAGUAGAAUAGCCAAUUGGGUUAAAAAAAAAAAGUUUGUUAGUAAAUUUUAAUUUAUUCAAGUGCAUCCUGGGUAUAAUAGGUCUUUUUUGUGUGACCUAAACGUCACAUAAGAUUGUGACUGGCUAAAAUAAUUAAAGAUAGAUAAAAAAAAAAGAAAGAUUUGAACAUGAAACUUUGAGAUUUAUUUUCAAAUGCCAACCUAAAUCUAUAUAUUUUUUAGUCAUUUUAAGGCGACUAAAAAACUGCACAAAGGCUGCUGUUUGUUAAUGAGCUGGUCUCUUAGCAGAGUAUAUUUACAGUCCUCCUCAGCGUGGUGGUCUCGGUGUUGCUCUCAUGGUGGCGUGACGCAGGAAAGAAAUGCCUCACGCAGAUUACAAGCACACUAUGCUCCUCAGCCUCAUCCUCUUGUCCAAGUAUAGCAUCUCUUGCAUGGUGUGCCUUAACAAAAGCUUCAGUCCCAGCAGAGGCACACACUGCAAUAGAUGUCGCAGGAAGGAGAAGCAUUAAGAGGUGGUUUACUGUGCAGUAUACUGCCACUCCAGGUCUUCAUGUUCUUAUGUGCAAUAAAAGGUCAGCGGUAGAACGCGUCAGGAAGCUCAACCCCUGAGCCGAGGUUAUGAAUGUCGACGAUAAAAGUGCUGCUAAGUUACAUAUUGUAUGUUUUAGAGGGAGCCAAAAUGUAUUAUUUGUCUUUUAAAGUAUCCAUUUUGAAGAUUGCAGCCUAUAAUGUUAUUUCUAGACGUAGACGAGCAUGAUUCUGUCAGUGUGUUUUCCAAAGCUUUAGUGCACUUUCUCUUUUUUCCUCACCAGAGAAUCCAUCCCCAUAACAGAGAUUAUUACCCAAAGCCAAAUGUGUACAUAUAUAUAAGAGACAACAACCGUCACUCAUCUGUUAGUUGAUUUAAAAAACAGAAUGUUUCCCUCAUCUAACCUCAUCUGGUUAGCUGAAACAUUGGAGUUACUUGAGUUGAUUUCGAUGUAUAUUAACAUCAGUGUUCUUGGCGUGGCGGACGUGCAGAAUCGGGUCUUGUGAAGUUAUUUCUGAAUGGACCCUUUGCUUUCUAAAGAUCAAGUCUGCUGAUUAAUAUUUCAGUUACAAUGUAGCACAUUAGACUUCAGUCUCACACGAGAUUGAGCUUUUUAACGGUUAUUGUGACACAUUCAUGCUUAGAUCAGUGGAAGCCAGGACACUGUACCGCUUCUCUGGUAAGGAAAUCAUUCAAUUCAAACAUUUGAUGUGUUCUCACAUUGACUUCUCCUGUCUUAGCUCUUUAUUUUUCUACCAGGGUCUUCCCACCUUCCUGCACAAACCAGAGUCUGUACAGAUUUUUUUUUUAUCUUUUGUAAAUUAUUAUGCAAAUACUGUAUAUUGAUAUUGCAGUUGUUGAAAACAGUUUAUGUCCUUUUUUCAAUAAAAAUGCAAAAAAGAAA